AAAGGCUUGAAAUUUUAAAGUAACUAAACUGGAGUAAUGAACCUGUAGAGUUAGAGAUGUGUAUAUUAUGGCGUGAAUUUCCACACGGAGAUCAUAACUUUGUCGAGGGCAUCACCGUGCGGAACCUUACACAGGUCAUAGGCGUGUGAGCCUUCCAACGCGCGUCAAGAGUAACACGGUGGGUAGAUUUUGAACGUCUCAGGAAGAGUGACAAAGAAGUGAUCGCCCUGCCGUUUUUACUAGUUAUAAUCUGUCUAGGGCUGAGCGCUUAGCCUUAGGUGCGAAGAUUUGCAGCGCACUGGAUUGGCUUGCAAAUCGUUUUAAAACUGAUUUUCACCACUGUAUCUGGUAAUUGCCAGCAAGACAACUGGUCACAGUCCACAGCAAAGCAAGCUAGUAUUGCAAGAAGGUGAUAGUCCUCUUUGGCAUUCGUCGAGACCAGUAGUUCUCAACGUUAGUUGACUCAAUCAUGGCAUCUGAAUCCGCGGAACUGAGGAGCGCUGGUCGUCAUGCUUGUCAGUGUCGCGCGGGGUUAUUCGUGGUGGUGGUAGUGUGUGUCAGCAUGUCCUUGUGCAUAGCGGACAGCGCAGCUAUGCUCGUCGAAGGUGAGGCGGAGGAAGGUCAGAUCACGGCGUGGGCCAUCCAGAACUCCUCAUUCCUGCCCACGUUCAACGGCCUGAGUGAAGCAGCAUCGGACAACGCUGAUCAGCAGCUAGCCUGGUCCGAUGUGUUUCAACUGCUAGGCAAUCCCACACCGGAUGAAGAGCCAGCCUCCGGAGCUGUGUGGUCUGAUUGGAGUGACUGGGGUGGCUGUCAGCGGCUACUCUGCAACAGGCAUGCAGUGCAGAGACGUGUGCGCCACUGCAUACGCGCUGCCAACGCCAGCACCAUCACAGCUACCAGUGCAUCAAGCUGCAGAGGGAGACUGUAUCAGAGUCGACGCUGCCAAGCACCACCUGAUUCUGCUCGGCAUUCCGCCGUGUUCGGUUACAACUCAAGUCUGCCGGUAGUACUCCAAGGUCGCACCGUGGUGUUCAGCUGCUGUGAAGUGAUCGACGGUGUAGACGCUGCACUGCUGCAUAAUGGCAAGCCGGUGGAUGAUGCACGGCCUGAAGUGUCGGGUGUGUAUCACUUGCGCCGAAGACAGCUGGACGUAGUCAUAACAGACAUGAGCGUCACGGACACGGGCAUGUACCAGUGCAAGCGCACGCCCCAGUCAACUGCACUGCGCGUUGUAGACCUGGAUGAUGUCAUCGCCGAUGCAGCUAGAGAUGGCUACACUUACAUCCCACAGCCUCACCAUGACCAGGGUAUAGCAGAGAGUGUCAAUAGCUCUGCCAGCAGCAUCGGCUGCAGCUCUACUGUGAUAGUCAUGCUUCUCAUGGCGGUGCUGCUUACUUCACCGCUUUGAGUCCACAAAUCCGUGGCGCACUGAUGUGCCACCUACCCGUAUAUGGUUCCACAUCCUCGUGUCCCAUCCUCGUGCCAUGUCUUCGUGCCCAGCAUCACCUCUACACCAAUGCCGAUGAGGCCUGCGGUUGCGCUCCCAGGCAGCGGAUACUGAUCACCCUCCAGAUUUAUGAAAGUCGAUUACUUAGUGUAUACACAGAUGCAUGUAGAUAUUGACUGCGCAUAUCGUACUAUUCAUUGCGAUUCUCCGAGUUACCUUUGACUUUACUUCCCAAAAAUUCUUGAUACAGCUCAGCCUCCUUGAAUUAACUUCUCUAUAUUCUCUGUUUCACCCUGAUGACAGGCCAGGCCCAAAGAGUUGGUGAACAUAAUCAGGAAAAGCCUUGAAUUAGACGAAUUUAUUACUUGUACAUUACAGAGGUCCCUUUAUAUUCCGGCAUCAUUUGUGCUGUGGAAAUUCUGCUGGAUUGGCAAAUCUGAUUUUCUCCUACAAUUUACAUGAAAAGGACAUUUUGGUUACCAAAGGUUAUGCUGGUUUACAGGGGGUGCUGGUUUAUAAAGUGCUGGAUUAAAGAGGGACGACUGCAAUCUGAUGCUGUCCCUUGAUCGCAGUCUUCUACAUGCAAUUGCUGGUCCUUUGUUUCUUGAGAGAUUG